GAAUUCUCGUCAAGCUACUUCACAAAACGCAAUAUAAGCAGGUUGUUCAGUCUUUACUGGUCAUUCUUGGCUAGUAACUGGAUUCUAUUUUUGAGGUUUAUUUCAAAGUCCUGUCACGUAAAACAUUUCAUUCGCUACAAUGGUUACAAAAGACGAGCCAAAUAUACCAACCAAAGGAGCAGAGUCAUCAAAAAAACUGGAGUCACAAACAGCAACCAUAGACUCCUCAACACCAGAUAAAUCUGCUAGUCCUCCGCUUAGAAAUUUAUCAGCAUCAGAGCAGUCUUCUAAUGCUCCACAAAAAUCAACAUCAGACCAACUUGCCAAUUCUCCCCAAAAUGAAUCUACAACAUCAGAACAACCUGCCAAUUCUCCACAAAAAGAAUCUACAACAUCAGACCAAUCUUCCAAUUCUCCCCAAAAAGAAUCUACAACAUCAGACCAGUCUGCCAAUUCUCCCCAAAAAGAAUCUACAACAGACCAGUCUGUCAAUUCUCCCCAAAAAGAAUCUACAACAUCAGAACAAUCUUCCAAUUCUCCCCAAAAAGAAUCUACAUCAGACCAAUCUUCCAAUUCUCCCCAAAAAGAAUCUACAACAUCAAACCAGUCUGCUAAUUCACCACAGACGGAGCCUUCACCACAAAACCAAUCAGCGUCACCAACAGGAACAUCCACUCCACCACCUACAGGGGCUUCGCCGCAGGGAAACACGACCCCAAAACCUCGUUGGAGAAAGUUAAUAUUGGGGUUGAAAAUUGGCGGCGUUGUUGCAGGUGUUACCGCUGGGGUCGUUGGUUCUGUGGUGCUGGCGCCCGUAGCUGUGGCGGCAGCUGGGUUCGGAGCAGGCGGCAUCGCUGCCGGAAGUGUGGCUGCAAGUAUGAUGUCAGCGGCGGCCACAUCCGGCAUCGGUAUGGGCGUGGUAUCGGCGUUACAGUCAGUAGGAGCUGUAGGAUUUGGACUAGCGGCUAAUGCUAUAAUAGCAGCUGGAGGCGCCGCAGCUGGUGGAGCUGUGGCAGCUGGAGGUGUUGUAGCUGGGGAAGCUUUAACCAAAACGAACAAGACAAAUCAGGGUACGGGAGGCGCCGCAGCUGGUGGAGGUGCAGUUGGGGGAGCUACAGUUGGGGGAGCUACAGCUGGUGGAGCUGUAGCUGGUGGAGGUGUUGUAGCCGAAGAAGCUUUAUCCAGAACUGACAAGUCAAACCAGGAUAGCGGAGCGGAAAAAUCAAAUAUUCCACAUGUAGAAGCUCAACGUGGCCAGAAAAAUAAUUCAGAUUCUGGCCAGGGAGACGAAACUCUUCUGAAAGAGAAUUCUGAAACGAGUGGAAAGGAAAAUGAUGAUCCUAUUAAUAAGGACAGUGAAGAUGAAAACAAUUCUGAGUUUUGUACCUAUGGUGAUGUGGUGAAAAAACAUUAUUAAAACUUUGAUUUUUAACGUGUAAACCACUUUUGAAACUUUUAUUAUAAUAUAACAAACCUUCUUCAGCAU